CUGAGCGUCCCUGGACCGCGACGUGCGCUAGGACCCGUGGAGAGCUGCCCAGCCCUGCGUCGGAUAAGCGACAGCUGCUGCUCUGAGGACCACAGCUCAGUUCAUAGCUUUGAAUUCUCCUGCGAGGAACGCUACUGUGGAAGAUGGCAGCGAACAGGGUCGGAAGACGGUACCAGAACAAGGUACACUCGCCGAACCGGGGGGUCAGGGAACAGGGGCUGAGGGUGAGGCGGGCGAGAGUGACGGUCAAAUACGACAGAAAGGAGCUGCAGAAGCGCCUGGAUGUGGAGAAGUGGAUCGACGAUAGCUUGGACGAGCUGUAUGCUGGAAGGGAAUCAGAGAUGCCUGAAGAAGUGAACAUCGAUGGCUUAUUAGAUCUGCUGAGUGACCAGGAGCGAGGACAGAAACUGCAGGAUAUUCUCCAUCUGUGCAGCAACAACACGGAGCCCUUUAUCAAGGAACUGAUCCUAAAACUCCAUGGACUUCAGAAACGGGAAGAACUUCACAAAAAUGGAAUGGAGCCCCACCACUAGGGGACAGAGUUCCUCAAAAGCUACGGGUGUGAGCCAAGCACAGCCUGGCUGCAAAUCCUCACACCCUGUGUACAUUCUCAGCCAGAGCCCUUGCUGCAACGUGGAGCCAAUCGCAGUUUUUGAUUGGUGCAAUUGACCACAUGAGGCCAGUUCUGGUCUGUUAUUGGCUGAAUGUAAAGCGUGUAAAUCUGCUUAUCUAUUGGAAUAAUGCAUCACACUGCUGGUCUAUUUUAACGAUCCGGUGCUGAAGUAUGGUCUGUAUACAUUUUAGUAGGACUCUAUGUAAUGCUGCUUGGGUGAUUUUUAUUAGCUUUUUAAAAAUGCAAUAAAAGAUGAUGUUUCAUGAGGGUGGUAAUAAGAUUCGCCACAGUUUAGUGUCUGAAGUGAGGUGGGGAUUUCUGCUAUCAGACCAGGGGGGGUUUAU